GGGGGAAGGAAGAACACAAGCAGCACAGCAACAGUAGAUUGACUAUAGUUGAGCACAACGGUAAGGCCGUGUUUAGUUUUUUCCCUAUUCCUAAUUUUCUAUCCCAACAAAAACUUUCCUACACACGUAAACUUUCAACUUUUUUUCUAAACUCUUAACUUUCUUCAAACUUUUAACUUUUUUCAGGAACUAAACACACCCAAGCUGUUGAUAACCAAGAGAAGAAUCUACGCUGCACUCCACUUGUGUUGUGCUGUGUAUGUUGCCAAUGUGUGCACUGUGAAGAAGAAGCACUCACCAAACUCGUCCACUCCCAGCGAUAGUAUUUAUGGUGGCCCCUCACCAGCUGCAGCACAUCACCUGAUUGCACUGCACUGCUCUUGCUUUCCCCCUCCUGUUGCAGUUGCAGAGUACAGCAGCAGCAUCAGCAUCAGCAUAUCUAUCUACCUAUUCCUUUUUACUCCUCCUCUCUUUAUACUCCACUAGUAUUUGUCAAAUCUUUAUUUUUCUACUAUACUACUAUUUCUCUUUUCAAGGGAAAAGAAAAGAAAGAAGAAUAUAUGUUGAGCAGUGAGGGAGAUUUGGAAGUAUAAAGAGACAGACACAAGCUCCUCCUCCAUCCUCAAUUCCUUCCUUCUUUCCAUUUAUUUUCUUUUAUUUUCCCAAGAGAAAGAGGGUGAGGAGGCUCCAUCCGCGAAAAGCUACUCGACCAACCCACCUGCCACCCUGCACUUUCCGUUAUUCUCAUUUCAACCCUCGCAUUUUUUACACUCCGCUCCCCAUGCCCUGUGAAAACUAAUUACAAUCCAGUCCUUCACCGGUCAGCGAUGCCCACUCCGGUGGCCGCCGCGAGGCAGUGCCUCUCGCCGGCCGCCGUCCCCGCCCUCGACGCCGCCGUCGCCUCCUCUCGCCGCCGCGCCCACGCCCAGACUACCUCCCUCCACCUCAUCUCCUCCCUCCUCGCCCCGCCCGCACCUCCCCUCCUCCGCGACGCCCUCGCCCGCGCCCGCAGCGCCGCCUACUCACCCCGCGUCCAGCUCAAGGCCCUCGACCUCUGCUUCGCCGUCUCCCUCGACAGGCUCCCCUCCGUCUCCGCAUCCUCCUCCUCCUCUGGCGCCGCCGACGAGCCCCCCGUCUCCAACUCCCUCAUGGCCGCCAUCAAGCGCUCCCAGGCCAACCAGCGCCGCAACCCGGACACCUUCCACUUCUAUCACCAGGCCGCCACCGCCCAGACUCCCGCCGCCGUCAAGGUCGAGCUCUCCCACCUCGUCCUCGCCAUCCUCGAUGACCCCGUCGUCAGCCGCGUCUUCGCCGAGGCCGGAUUCCGCAGCGGGGACAUCAAGCUCGCCAUCCUCCGCCCGGCUCCGCCCAUGCCGCUCCUCGGCCGCCUCCCCACGCGCACCCGUCCGCCGCCUCUCUUCCUCUGCAGCUUCGCCGCCGCGGACGACGCCGACGUCCCUUCGCCGGCCGGGAAUCUCGCCGGCGCGGGGGAGGAGAACUGCCGCCGCAUCGCGGAGAUCCUCUCCCGCGGCCGCAACCCCAUGCUCGUCGGCGUCGGGGCCGCCUCCGCCGCCGACGACUUCGCGGCCGCCUCCCCGUAUCGUAUCAUCCAUGUCGACCCCAACACCAUCGACCGCUCAGACCUCGGCGUGGCGGCGGCAAUGGCCAGUGCCACCUCCGGCCUCAUCAUAAGCAUCGGAGACCUCAAGCAGCUGGUCCCCGAUGAGGACGCGGAGGCGCAGGAGAAGGGGCGGCGGGUGGUGGCGGAGGUGACGCGAGUGCUGGAGACGCACAGCAAGGUCGGCCGCGUCUGGGUGAUGGGGUGGUCGGCAACGUACGAGACCUACCUCGCCUUCCUCUCCAAAUUCCCCUUGGUCGACAAGGAUUGGGACCUCCAGCUGCUGCCAAUCACCGCGGUGCAUGCCGCCGCCACCGCUGGCCCUGCUGCUGCUGCUGCUGGACUCAUGCCUCCGGCAACCACUGUUGCUGCCUUCUCCAAGCCAGCUGCAAGCUUGAUGGACUCCUUUGUUCCUUUUGGAGGCUUUCUCUGUGAUAACUACGAAGAGAACAGCCUGACAGCAAAUUCAUGCCCACAGGCCCUGCGGUGCCAGCAGUGCAAUGAUAAAUAUGAGCAAGAAGUUGCAACUAUCAUUAGCGCAAGUGGCAUUACAGCUGAAGACCAUCACCAGGGAGGUCUUCCUUCCCUGCUGCAGAAUGGCAGCAUGAUGGGUCCUAACAAUGGAUUUGAUCCAGUCAAGGCUAGAGAUGAUCGGAUGGUAUUGAAUUCAAAAAUAUUGAAUCUACGGAAGAAGUGGAAUGAGUACUGCCUGCGGCUCCACCAAGACCACCAGAGGAUCAACAGAGAUCCUUACAAACCAUUUCCGCGCUAUAUUGGUGUUCCCACUGACAAAGAAAGAUCAGCAAAUUCAAGCAAAGGUUCUGAGUCAGUUGGGGUUCAAAAGGAUGUUAUUAAACCUUGUGCGGUGUCUGCUGUACAUUCCAGCUCAACUGCAAGGCCUAUUUCAUCUCCAUCUGUCACCAACAAAAGAAAUGAAGAUCUUGUAUUGAACCUUCAAGCCAGGCAUUCCAAGAGUGAUGAAAACCUUCAAGAAAGGGGCAUGCAAUCCCAACAUGGCACCCUGUCGAAUGUUGACAAUCCGGAUGAUCAUGUCUCACCAUCAUCUGCUGCACCUGUGGAAACUGACUUGGUUUUGGGCACCCCUCGAGAGUGUAGUUCGAAAGGUUCAAGUUCCACCUGCAGUAAACGUGUAGAGGAUUCAGAGAGGUCUGUCCAUCUGGUACCCAAGAAGGUGGAUGAUUUAAAUCUGAAGCAUCCACAACUCUCUGUUCAACCUAAUUCCUGCUCCUGGAGUUCCAUAAAUGUUGGGAAAACAUCACACAGUACACUACACUCAGUAGCUUCAGGAGGCUUCUCUGCCUUUGGCCAAUGGCAGAAACGGUCACCUCUUGCUGCACAAAAUUCUGAUCUGAGCAAUUACAAGCUACUUGUUGAACGCCUGUUCAAGGUAGUUGGAAGGCAGGAGGAAGCCUUGAGUGCUAUUUGUGAAUCCAUUGUGCGGUGCCGGUCAACAGAGUCGCGCCGUGGUCCUAACAGGAAUGACAUCUGGUUGUGUUUUCAUGGUUCUGACAGCAUGGCCAAGAAGAGAAUCGCCGUGGCACUUGCAGAGCUCAUGCACGGCAGCAAAGAUAACUUGAUUUAUCUGGACCUAAACCUUCAGGAUUGGGAUGACUCCAGUUUCAGAGGGAAGACUGGCAUAGACUGCAUUGUGGAGCAGUUGAGCAAGAAACGGCAAUCUGUUCUCUUCCUUGACAACAUUGAUAGAGCUGACUGCCUUGUUCAGGAUAGUCUAUCUGAUGCUAUUAAGUCUGGCAGGUUCCAAGACAUGCGAGGCAAGGUGGUUGACAUUAAUGACUCGAUUGUGGUUUUGUCAAGAAGCAUGAUACAGGGCAGCAAAAAUGGGUUGGAAGAGGGCCUUUCAUUUUCUGAAGAAAAGAUUCUGGCAACUCGCGGACAUCGACUGAAGAUCCUGGUUGAACCGGGUAGGGCAAUCACCAGUGGAUGCCCUAGUGGUAAGGUGGUAGUUUCCCCAAGGCAUUUUCUCACCAAAAUUCAAGCAUCUUUGUGCUCUGGUUCCAUCAGCAAGAGAAAGCUCAGUAUUUCUGAUGAUCAGGAAAAGCUACAAGAGUCGCCAAGCAGUUCAAAGCGACUGCACAGAACAUCGAGUGUACCAUUCGACCUGAACCUCCCUGUUGAUGAAGAUGAACCCCUUGAUGCUGAUGACGACAGUAGUAGCCAUGAAAAUUCAUAUGGCAACACAGAAAAAUCCAUUGAUGCCCUUUUGCAUUCGGUUGAUGGAUCAAUCAACUUUAAGCCGUUUGACUUUGAUAAACUUGCUGAUGACAUGCUGCAGGAGUUCAGCAACAUACUCAGGAAAAAUCUGGGUUCUGAGUGCAUGUUGGAGAUUGAUGUUGGUGCAAUGGAACAAAUACUUGCCGCAGCAUGGAAAUCAGAGGAGGAUAGGAAACCUGUGCCGACCUGGCUGGAGCAGGUUUUUGCCAGGAGCCUUGACGAGCUGAAGCUCAAGCGUAAGCAUGUGAGUAGCUCUACCCUUAGACUAGUGGCCUGUGAGGACACAGUACCAGCAGUGAAAGGAGACGGUUUAGGAGUUUUGCUCCCGCCAAGAAUAAUUCUAGAUUGUUGAUGAUAUUAUCUGUAUAGGGAUCGCUGUAAUUAUCUGUAGUCCACAAUAGUAUAGCAUUAUUUGUUGGCUAAAUAAGCUCUAGUCUAGCUGAUGCAUUGCCUUGGGUUCUCUAAUUAGCUACUGCCAUUACUGUCAUAUCAUUUUCUACCUCAGGGCCUUUUCCAGAUAUAUGGGCAUCCGAAUGUAUAUUGGUUGUAACUACUAUGGAUUGUCAAUAUUUGAUUGUUCUAUAUAUACAUGGACACAUGGUGCUCAGUCAGUGUACUUGUGUGGUUCAUGCUGAAAUCCACAACUGCAAGGUUGCUUACA